GUGCAGAUUCACUCUACAGAAAUAGUUUCAGCCUCAGUGAUGAAAAGCUUAACUCUCCAACUCCAUCCACUCCAAGCUUGCCGUCUCCGUCCGUAACUCCAUGUAGAGCAAAGCUUGGAGACACGAAAGAACUGGAAGACUUCAUUGCUGAUCUUGACAGGACACUAGCAA